AAUCUACAUUUAUUUAGGAACAUUUGAAAAAUCACUGACAAUGAAAGGAAUGUUUUGCAUGUAGAUUUUUCUAGAUGCGUAUCUUAUUCAUGUCUGUAGUCUAUGGAUCGUCUAGUUAAUAAGUUUUCUUAGGUACCCCAACUUUAGCAUGUCUUGAUGUAUUUCCGGUCUCUUGACUCAUGCCUGUAUGUCAGAACUUCAUGAUAGUACUGUCACUACCAUCGUAAACAAGUAAUGUGGCCAUACCCCCUCCAUUGUGACGGUGAUAAAGUUUUAUCUAAUUAUUUUAUAGGUAUAUUUUGUAUAUGUUGGGGGGGGGGGGGAAAUGAAGAUAAUAAAAGGCAGCUUUUCCACUGACAACUUGGAAGGAAAUAAUUUCCCCUUAUUUAGCAUUAGAAGACCAGCUCAUUCUUCGAGCCUUCUGAAACAAAAUUAGAAUGGAUUGGGGAGAUAAAUAUUCCCAUACUUCUUUUGACCUACAUUGUUUGUUAAAUUCACUUCCUGGAGACUUGGAGUUUAAGCAGAUCUUCAGUGACAUUGAUGAAAAGAUAGAACAAAAUGCUACAAGCAUAGAACAUUGCAUUAAAGAAAUACAAUCUGAAGUUAACAAGCAGUGUCCAGAUGUGCAGCUGCAAACGACAACUGACUGUUUUGAGUGGCUAGAUAACUAUAAUUAUAAUUCAUCCAAGUCACCUUCCAUUCCCCAUGGAGAUUUGAUAAAAUUCCUCAAAACACUGCAAGAUUCGUUGAAGAGUGAACUAAAUCAAGAAGAAGUGAUACUGGAUUUACUUUGGGAUCUCUCCUGCCAGAGCAGCGUUUCGUUCCCGGCAACUCUAAGUGGAGCAUCUUUCCAUUUCCUCUCUCGGACUUCUCUUCAUUCUGUGGAAGAUGAUUCCUCCAUGGAUGUACAGUCUAUCUGGGAUAACAUAAGACUACAUCUUCGACGCUUCUUAGUGAACAAAUUACAAAGCCAUAAUGAAAUCAUCAAUUCACAGCACAAAAUUUGGUUGAAAAAGCAGUGCAUACAACAACUGUUGUUUCUUUAUCCAGAGUCAGAAGUUAUAAUCAAGUACCAAAGCAUACAGAAUAAACUGUUGGCUGAGCUCCUGCAGAACUGUUUUCCUGCUUAUAGCAGAGAAUUGAAUUUAGACAUAAUGGCUCAUGGAUACCAAAGUACAAUGCUUAGGUUAUACUCAAUGAUAAAAGAAGAUUUUAACAUACUACACGAAAUUUUAGCUCCCACCUCAACGGUGAAAUUCAUUAAAGAAACUUACCUGGAUACUGUUGCAGAAGAAAUGGCAAAGUUUCUUGAAAAUUUUUGUGAGCUGCAGUUCAAAGAAAGUGCUAUCCGUGUGAUUAAAACAAGCAAGAGCUCCAGCAGGCAUAGAGGAUCAGUGCAUGCUUUGGUUACACCCGAAUGUUCACAGAAAGGAAGAAACUUUUUCCUCUCCAUAAAUGAACUCAAAUUCUUAGCACAGCUCGUAAAAUCCUUUUUGAAGCUGGAAGAAAAUGUUGAAGAAUUAUUGGAAGAAAUAUUUAUAUCACUCAAGACACCCAGAAAUCCUUCAGGAAUUUUAGAAACAGCCAGUUGGAAAGUUGUAACAGAGAAACCUAAAAGAAAUGCAACUAGUGUUCCUUCAGAGCAAUUGCUACCAGUAAAAGAGGCUACUUUACCAGACUUCCGUUGGCGAAAUGCAUUUAAAGAAUUGUCUCUUCCUGUGGCACAUUGUAUAACAGCAGCAACUGAAGAUUUUUCCGCAAAAAUUCUCCAACAGGAACAGAAGGAAAGGUCUUCAGCUGUAACCUAUGCUAUGAACCUUGUAAAUGUCCAGCAAGUCUGGCAAGACAGUCAUGUGGUUCCGGAGGAGGACCAACCGAAGAAAAUUGCAAAGUUUUGUUCUGACAUCAUGGAAAAACUUGACACAAUGCUUCCACUGGCUCUGGCAUGCAGAGAUGAUUCUUUCCAGGAAAUUAGAGCAAACUUUGUGGAGGCCUGUUGUAAAGUGGCAACAGCUGUCCUGGCGAGACUGCAGGAGAGGGGCAAGGAGUUUCCUUCCAGAGCACCCCUGACAAACUCACACAUAUUGCUCUCCACAGCGGUAUAUGUCUUCCAGCAUUUUACGCAUUUUGAUAAUUUGAUGAAAGAAAACACUAAGAAACCCAUAUUCCUGGUGCCUGUCCAACGAUAUCAGGAAUUCAUCAACACUCUACAGUUUCAGGUUACGGACUACUGCGUCAGAGUUUGUGCUACAAGCAUUUUACAGGAUGCUGAGAGCCACCACUGGGAUGACUACAAAGCUUUUUAUGAGGGGGAAAGAUGCUCCUUCUCACUCCAGAUGUGGCAUUAUUUCUUCUGCGCUCUUCACCAUGAUCUCUGGACCAUUCUGCCCCCGAAGUUAGCCCAGGAAAUUCUAACAGAUGUGCUGGAGAAAUGUUUGGGUCUACUGGCCUCCAGAUAUGCUCGGGCCCAUCCCAGUUAUAAGAGAACUCCACAGAUAAGACUUGAUGUCACAACAAUUUUAAUAUGCACUGAGAACUUGUUAUGGUCAAUUUGCACAUCUGUACAGAAGCUUUUGAAUCCCCAUCAGUAUAUAGAUGAUAAAAUUUUUAAAAUUCAUACCCAUUGUAAUAAUCUGUUUACAACAUUAGUCAUUUUGACUUCACCAUUAACUGAAUUAUAUCACACUUUUCAGCAUGGCAUGGAUGACUCUGCUUCAAAUUCCAUGAAACCAUUUUUUAAGCAACCAUUACAUUGGUUUUCUUGCAUAUCACAUUUCUACCCUUCUUUACUCAGGGCUCCAUCAUCUGGACGACUGACAGCCGAGGGUCAAUUGAAACUGCUCUUAUCCCAGCCAGGUUGUAAUUGGAACCUGCUUCUGGAAACCCUACUGCAUCAAGAUGGUCUUUUACUGAGAAUCUUGCUGAAGAGCUCAAAAUGUACCUUUCAAGAGCAAGGUUCUGAUACAGAUGAUAAUCUGAACCAAGGAUCCAGCUUAAUGGAAACCAUCUUUAAAGUAUUGUACCAUUGCAAUUUUUCUCCACAAACAUUUGGAAAUGUUUUUGUGAGCUACAUGGAAGAAGAACAAUUAUGGAACUUUCUAUAUAACAUUCCAGUCUCAACAUGCAUGGAGUCCGAGCCAGAGGUCAUCCGAUGCUUGAGACUGGCACUGACUGAUGCUAUCAAGGACAUUGUACAGCAGAUAGUAUUUGUGAUGAAGUCUGGGAGAAACUGUGGGCCCAACCUAAACAAGCACAGUGUUCCUGAACAUUUGCGUGAGAGCAUUCCAAAGGAAUGGAAUUAUACUCCAAAAGAAACUAAGAGGAAAGAAUCAAGCAAAGGCUUCACGAGGCUUGCUGCUCAGGCAGUAUCUAUUGUAAUCAGCGAGUUACCUACGGUGAUUGCAUGUUUGCCUCCCCCAAUUAAAUACUUCUUUUUUCUGUCUGAGAGAAAAAUGUCAAAAAACUUUGUUGAAUUGAAGAAAGCUAGCCUCCUUGUCUGGAACUUGAUUGUAAUUAUAUGUCAGAUAUUUGAGGAUGGAAACACUGUGGAACUUUUAACAGGUGCCUCCCUUGACAGAUGGAGUAAAGAGAAACUUGGUUUAAUCUGCCUGUGUUUGGAAAGUAUCAUGGGAAAGCAGACAAGUGACCCUAAUCAAAUGACUCAAAAGGUCAUACAGAUCAUUGAGCAGCAGAAACCCAACUGGAUUGAGAGCCAGUUGGUGAAGGCAAGGAAACUGAGCACCAAAUGUGCAUUUAUGACAAUGGAGAAAAGCACAGCCUUCGAAGAAGGAGAUAGUGCUCUUGAACUGACUGAGCAGAAAAUAAACAUGAUGGUCCUGGAUAUCUGCCACAAACCAGGUGGCAGCGAGUACCUGCGGCAAAUUUAUCACAUCAUGCGGCUCAAUGAGGAAUAUUUAAAAGAACAGCUGUUUUCUAUGAAUGGUUCAGAGGAAAAGCCAUUACCCAUCAGACCUUUAAAGACGACCUUGAGGAGUGUGGAAGAUCAGCCUUCUGCCUUUAACCCUUUCCAUGUGUACAAGGCAUUUAGUGAAAACAUGCUAGAUCAGUCAGCCAUCACAAAAUGGAGCUGGAAUUGGUCAAACUUGCUGCCAAAUUAUCUGGGACUGGAUAAGAUGACCUUCAGUGUACUGCUCAAAAACAGGUGGGAAAUGAGAAAGAAUGAAAGACUAGAAGAGGAAGAAAAAGCAAUGCUGGAACAUUUAAAACAAUUUUGCACCAUCCAGAACUCUUCUGUCUCAGAUAACACAGAGGAACCAUAAUCUGCAGAAAACAGCAACAGCUUUAUUUUAGGAAAUAAUCACAUGUAAUGGAGUAGGAUUUUUACUACAGUCAGAAUGAACCUCAGAUGUGCUGUGAAGCAUGAAACCAAUAACUGAGUAAUCUCUGAAAUGAAAAGGAAUACACCACAUAAAGAAUAAAGUGCUACACAUUUUUUACUUUAAAAAUAA